GCACGCGCCAGUGCUAAAAUCCCGCCGCCAAAGCUCGCGAGAGGACAUGUCCGCGGCGGCGGCAGUGGCGGCCGGAGAGGAUUGACAGACAGUGUGUUGAAACAGACUGUAAGGAACACUGUUUUAAGUGGUUAUUACUGAGUUGCUUGAACACAAUGGAACAUAAGGGGGCAGUGGACCCAGAAGAUGAUUCAGGAUUAUUAUCACGCCUUGCACCUAGUCCUCAUAGUGAAGCAGUUGCCCAUGAAUUUCAAGAACUCUCUUUGCAACCGAACCGGUAUUUACCUCCUCUCAAUGAAAGGAAGAAUGUUCUUCAACUGAAGCUACAGCAAAGGCGAACAAGAGAACAGCUGGUGGACCAGGGAAUCAUGCCACCUUUGAAGAGCCCAGCUGCAUUUCAUGAGCAGAUAAAGAGUUUGGAAAGAGCCAGGACUGAAAAUUUUCUGAAGCAUAAAAUACGCAGUAGACCCGAUCGAUCAGAAUUAGUCAGAAUGCAUAUUCUUGAAGAAACGUUUGCAGAACCGUCUCUCCAGGCCACUCAGAUGAAAUUAAAGAGGGCACGAUUGGCAGACGAUCUGAAUGAGAAGAUUGCUCAGAGACCUGGCCCUAUGGAACUUGUGGAAAAAAAUAUUCUUCCUGUAGACUCCAGUGUUAAAGAAGCAAUUAUAGCGGUUGGUCAGGAGAACUAUCCUCAAGCUUUGGAUGAUUUCUCAUUUGAUGAAGACAGCAGUGAUGCUUUAUCUCCAGAUCAGCCUGGCAGUCAGGAAUCCCAAGGUUCAACAGCUUCCCCCGGAGAGCCCAAAACAAGAGAAAUACCCUCGCCGGUCACCCCAGCUUCCUCCACCACACAGUAUCCCUCCAUAGCAACACCAGGAACUGACUUUUUGAAGCCACCUGUCACAGAUCAGCAUGUUGCACGCACAACAACUGCUGCCCCUCUUACCACAAAUUCUGUGACUGCCACAAAACACUGCAGUGGGCCAACACUAAUAAAGCAACCUCAUCCCAAGAACCCCAAUGACAGACCUCGGAGCAAGAAAUGCAAAGAACCAAAGCCCAGAGUGAAGAAGCUGAAGUACCACCAGUAUAUUCCACCUGAUCAGAAAGGAGAGAAAAAUGAGCCACCAAUGGACUCCAACUAUGCUCGUUUGCUGCAGCAACAACAACUAUUUUUGCAACUGCAAAUCCUGAGCCAACAGCAGCAACAUUACAAUUACCAGACAAUUCUUCCUGCACCACUCAAGCCAGUAAAUGACAAACAGGGUAACACUGGGAAUAUACCACUGAAUACUUUGAGCAACAGCACAUCUACAGUAGCUGUCAGCACACCAAGGCAGAACACUAGUAUUUCAAAUAGAAAGCCAGGACCUCUGCCUCCUAGCUUGGAUGAUUUGAAGGUAGCUGAACUGAAAAUGGAAUUGAAGCUAAGAGGAUUGCCUGUGUCUGGAACUAAAAUGGAUCUUAUUGAGCGUUUGAAACCCUAUCAGGAUCUUAACAAUAAUUCUGUUGGCACAAGUAAUACAGUGGCAGGAACUGCUUCCAGUAACGGAACUAGUAAACCUGGGGAAAUAGCUACGUCAUUUCCUCCUGCACCAUUAAAUAAGCAAGCAGUGAAUUCUGUCCCCAGUACCUCUUCAGAAACAACACCUGUUGGAACUGGCAGCAAAAUAGGACCCCUGGAAUGUGUGGGAUCCCCUUUGCCCAUUUCCCCAUCUCCUUCUGAACAGUCCAGUCUCGGAACUGAUGAUACUAACAUGGCAGAUACUUUGACAGAAAUCAUGACCAUGAUGUCUCCGUCACAGUUCCCAAGCACUUCGCCUCUUCGAGCAGCCCCAACUGAAGACGGAAGCACGUCAAGCAUGGACCUCGAUGCCACCGAAAAGGACCGUAAGCUUCAAGAGAAAGAGAAGCAGAUUGAAGAGCUGAAAAGAAAACUGGAACAAGAGCAGAAAUUAGUGGAAGUGCUGAAAAUGCAGCUGGAGGUUGAAAAGCGGAGUCAUCAGCAGCAGUCCCAAGCUUCUGCUAAACCAUCAAUGACUUUAAAUCAGCAGCAUAACCCCAUAUCUGUCAAAAAAGAAGACUCUGUAGCAGAUAGCUCUGAGGCAAGGCGGUUGGUACCUGACGCCAGUCAUUCUUUAGGGCAGCCCAGGCCAGCAGAUGUCCAAAAUCCAGUUGCCAAAAAGGCUGUGGUUAUCAAGCAAGAAAUACCUUUAGCCAAAGUUGAGCCACAAAACGUCAUAUCUCAGUUCUAUGUGAGUUCACAGAGACAGCCGCAGACUGCUGUGGUUGCCCAUCCUCAGGCUCUGCUGGCUGCCCAGGGAACCGCACAGUUGCUACUGCCGCUCUCUCUCCAGGGUCCAAAUUCAGCCGCUUCAGUGCAACUACCUGCGAGCAAUAUCCAGGUUCAAACACAAGCUGGCAUUCCAGCCAUGGGACAGGUAUCUGCUUCUUCCGGUUUGGCCCCCAAAGUCCCACAGAUGCACAUGUCAGCCCCCAAACAAAAUGCUUCUCCGCAGCAUGCAGUUGGCCAAACCUCACAGAACAGAAAGGUAUUUCCUCCUACCUCACCUAAUACAGUGUUUUCCUAUCAGAAUCAGACUGCUACAAACCUGCAGCAACCUUUGUUUAAUCAGGCAUCAAAUACUACACCUCACUCAGGGAACCAAGCGCCCUUAGUGCAAAAUGGACCGAAUGCUCUUCAGAAGCCACCUUCCCCACCUCAGUCCCAGCAAUACAUUUUGCAACAGUCAUUGUUCAACAAUUCAGGAACCAAAACGAAAGACCCUCCACGCUAUGAAGAAGCCAUCAAACAGACUCGCAGCCUGCAGUCUUCUCACCGAGAAAUUUCCAGUGCCCACAGCCAGCAGAUGGAUGACCUUUUUGAUAUCCUCAUUAAGAGCGGAGAGAUUUCUAUGCCUAUGAAGGAAGAACCUUCUCUGAUUUCCAAAAUGAGGCCAGUUACCGCCAAUAUCACCACAAUGCCAGUCAACACGGUGGUGUCACGUCCACCACCACAAGUCCAAAUGGCUCCUCCUCUUUCCUUAGAACUAACAAGCAAUUUCUCUUUAGCUCUGGAGAAUCAUUUAGAAGCUCUCUUGGAAGGAACUCUACCAUCAGGUAACGGAAUGUCUCAACUGACAAGCGGUAACGAGGACAAGGAAUCUUUCUCUGUAAUUGAGGAUCUACAGAAUGACCUCCUUAAUCAUUCUGGUAUACUAGAUCACUCCCAGUCACCUAUGGAGACUUCUGAUUCACAGUUCACUCCCAGUUCAUGUUUAUCUCUUGACCUUCCAGAUCCAAAUUUAGACAAUAUGGAGUGGUUAGACCUCACCAUGCCAAAUGCUUCAUCAGGAUUAACGCCUCUCAGCUCAACAGCUCCAAGCAUGUUUUCAACAGAUUUUCUUGAUCCACAGGAUCUACAGUUGCAAUGGGAUUAACUGAAAUGGCAAAGCCUACUUGACCAUGUUUUUAAAAGCUCCAUUUAUAAUAAGGUCCAUUGUUUCACUAUCCUUUGUUUUCAAGCUCAUCUCUAUAAUUACCUUAGGGAUUUUUUUUAAAAUCACAGAGCACAAGAUUAAAAAAAAAAAAAAAGAUUAAGAAUGUUCCAAGGAGAAAGGAUUAUGAUUUUGUAAGCUUA